UUCAUCCUAUAUGUUUAAUAUCCAACAUGGGCGUUUCUUUUGUCGUCUGCAAAGUGUCAAAUACUUUGCGCGCAACAAAAAUGUUCAAGAGCAAUAAUACUUUUUAGCUCUUCAACAUUGAAAAAUUGUUCAUGAUUUUUACUAUUGCCAAAUGUUUUGGAGUGAACAUAAGAUAUAUAUUUAUUUGAGAAAAUUGCAAUUUUAUUCGGUGAUGGCUAUGAGUCAGUACCAAAAGGCAUCUUUUCAAGGUAUUGCGACUUUGCUCGAAUAAUUAAGUUAACAUCAAAGAAGAUAAGGUACAUGGCUCUUGUGAAAUUGAAAAUUACAAUUUCAUUCGUUAAAAUAAUAUGAAUCCUAUUUAAAUUGAUAUUAAAGUCCUAUUAACAUCACUAUAAAAUGAAAAGGUUAUGCUUUAUCGCGAAACGAAAAUUACAAUAUUAAGAGUUUUAAAUAAUAUUAUUGUUUAUUGUGUGAAUUAUACAAAGUUAUAAACCCCGAGUGAGCAUAUGCUGUUGGCUUAAAAUGUAUAUAAUAUAAAAAAAAGUGGAUUGUCUUAUUUAAUAUCAGAAUCAGCUGAUUACUAUAUUGACAAAGGAUCUCCAAUGCAUUCGAUGUUUCACGAAUGAAGAAUUUAUAUAUUUGGUAUUGAAAAUAAUUAUAUAUAUGAAGAAUAUAAAUAUAUAUCAUAUUUUUGAAUAUAUAGUUUCUUUGUUAUUCUAAAAUAAUAAAAAAAAAUAAAAGAUGUCAGGAAAUAAUUCAGCUAUAGUAGGUACACUUAGAGGUGGUAAUCUACAAAAUCGUAAUUCCCAAAGAUCUACACUUUUAAAAGUGGUAAUUUUGGGUGAUGGUGGUGUUGGAAAAUCCUGUCUUAUGAAUAGAUUUGUAUCAAAUCACUUUGAUGAACAUAGUUUUCAUACAAUUGGAGUAGAAUUUCUAAAUAAGGAUAUUGAAAUUAAUGGAGAAGCAUACACAUUACAAAUAUGGGAUACAGCUGGACAAGAAAGAUUCAAAACCCUUAGAACUCCAUUUUAUAGAGGCUCUGAUAUUUGCCUUUUAACUUAUGCUGUGGAUGAUAGAACAAGCUUCAAAAAUUUAGCACUUUGGAGAUCUGAAUUUCUUUAUUAUGCUGAUGUUCAAGAAGGAUCAACAUUUCCAUUUAUAGUUGUUGGAAAUAAAGUGGAUGUUCCAGAUUCUGAAAAACAAGUUUCCACAGAAGAAGCUCAAGCUUGGUGUGCAGAAAAUGGAGAUCCUCCUCUAGUAGAAACAUCUGCAAAAGAUGCAACCAAUGUUGAAGCAGCAUUUGGUGCAGCUGUUGCUGCUUGGGCACAACUUGAAGCUAGAUUAGAAAGACCAUUAGUAGAAGAUACUGUUGAUCUUUCCAAACAACAAUCUCCUCAUCGUUCAAGUUGUUGUAUGCCUGUGUCUGGUGCUGAGUCUAACAAAAUUAUUUGAAGAGAUUUCUUGUCCAUCUGCAAUACUUUCCUCGUAAUAAGGUGAAUUUUAAUGAUAAAAGUAUUUUUUUAUUGUUGCCCAUUAUGUGUUUCUUCUGUUGCCAAUGAACAUAUUUAUAUUUUUAUAAAUUAAAUUCAUACGAUUUUAUUUGUUUUUACAAAUAUUUUUCAGUUUUGUUAAAAUAUGCAAAUUAAAACUAUAUUUACGCGGAAAAAAGUAAUAUUUUAUGGUUAAUAUUUCCAGAAUACAACUGUAAACUGUAAGGUCAAAUUGAACGUCCUACUCGUAUCACGCUUUGUGCAGUUCGCGAGCUACAAACAGUAUUUUAAGUAUUUCGUACACCAUUGGCUUGUGAUAAAAUAAUAAUAGUAAUAAUCACGAUCAUCAACUGCUUUAUAAAUAAGGAAUAGAUAUAAAAUGUAAUUUAGCUUUGUAAUCUAAAUUUGCCUUAUCUUUGCAGCACAAACUAAGAGCAGUGGUAGUAAUAUAUAUUUAUGACAAAAUCUUCUGAAUCAUCUUUAUAUAUAUGAUUUUGAAAUAUCUAUAUUAUAAAACAUACUCUGCUGCUCUUGGAAUGCUCUGCAGUUGGUGUUUAAAGAUUUUCCUACAAAAUGAAUAGUAUUAUAAACACAUCAAAUAAAGCUUUUUGUACAACCUUGUACGUAUAAAAUGUAUGAACGCAUUUCUAAAGCACUGUAACUUAUUUAAAAGCUACCUAAUACUUUAGUAAUGCUUUACAUACACAAAAUAAAUAAUAUAUAACAUUAUAA